AUGUUUCAAACGCGAGACUUUCCGCCGGACCUGUACGCUGUGGCCCUGGAGGAGUACCUCUUGUUACAGGCCAUGCAUGCCCUGGCUGCUCGACCGCCACGCUUGUCGCUUCCGGCCGAAGCGGGGAUGCUAUCCUACAACGAUCUGCUGCACCUGGCAAUUCAGACCUUUGCGCAUGAACGGAUGCAGGAGUUGUCCUACUACCUUGCACGCCUGCAACCCUGUCUCCCUCGCAGCCUUGACACUCAUAUGCCCUUUCCGCACGGUGAUUUGGAUGAGCGGACCUCAAGCGCUGAAAUUCUGUCGUGGCAUUUGCUACAAGACGCUCAGUCACCGCUCUGGAAUGCUGUGCGCACAGCAGUUCGAGCUUUGACAUGGCGCCCAGGUCGCCAACGCUUCUCUGAUGGCAGCGCCAACAAUGUCACCUUCGGCGCUUUUGCACGAGGACCUAUCGGACUUUGCGCAGAUACGGUUCGGCACGGAUCCUUCUGUCGACUGCUUAACCGACUGAUUGAGCACAUCUGCCCGGCGCAUAAAUGGACUACCUUCUCCUUGAACCUCAACGUUCGUACUCCACCUCAUCGAGAUCAGUCCAACUCCAAGACGGGCACGUUGCUGCUUAGUCUCUCCCACCACGAUGAAGGCUCAGUCUGGGUGGAAUCCUGGCAAGGCACCGACUACGAAGAAACUGACUAUGGUCUGCUGAGUGGCCGCCCAUUUAGCCUGGCCUUUCAGGCACUCAUUUUCCCCGCUCACAACCAUGUUCACUGUACUCGCGGUUGGAGUCUGACAGAUCGUAUCACGCUUGCUGCAUACAGUAUUUCUGACCCUGGCCGGUUGUCGAGUGCGCAUAAAGCCACUCUUGUUGAUCUCGGUUUUCAUCUCCCUUAG